CUUUUCGGUUCUUGCCCAUCUGUUGCAUCGACUCACCAAUUGAACAACUUUAAAAUUAAAUUGGAGGAGCUGAAAUAGGCUACACAGCAUAGGGGCUACAGAGGAAGCAACGUAUAAGAUUGUGAGCAGCAGUCAAGAGUUGAUAGUUAAGACCAGUCCUCUGGAAGAAGCAGUUGGACUCUUGACUCUUAUGCUGCGUUCCAGGCAGGUUUUUGAGCCCGUGAAUUACGACUUCAAAACCACGACUCACGACUCAAUGCGUUCCAGGCAGCCUGUAACUCGCCUGUAACAUAUCAGAACAAAGACAUUUAUGCGAAUUUGUAACAACAUGAGAAAAGAUGAAACGCCUAAAUGACCGUAAUGUUGUGGAGACAUACUUUGAAGGACAGCAUUUGAGCUUGUCUGACCUAAAAGAAGAGAAUAUAACAAAUGGGUAUCUAUUUAAGAACAACAUACCUGCUUAUCCUGAAUCUGUAGAAUUCCAAGUGCAGAAGUUGUCCCAUGUCACUGGGAGAUAUGGGCUUGAGGGUAUUUUUCAUGAUUCAGGAUUUAGACAGCCAUCAGACACAUCCCAUUUUCUCUGGUGGGCAUUAUCAGUGUCACCUGAUGACAUACGCUCUGCCGAGCAACGUUUUUUGGCGUCCUUAUUUCCUCAUACCCAAACUUACAACCCACAGCCCUUUCUUGAAUACUUCACCACCUCCAAGGCCUUCCAGAAAGAAUCUCCGUAUGGAAACUUCUGCUUCACAUUUUCAUUUCGAGACCUCCUGCGUCUCUAUGGUGCCCAGUUCUGUACUGGCACUCCAGUUCUGCGGGUUUAUGAGACGGUGUUGUACCGGCGAGAGAUUCUCUAUACCAUCGUUGUGCAUCCUCGCAACAUACAUCUUUAUGACAGUUAUCCACGACUUCCUGAUAUUGGUGAUGGUGUGUGUGGGUAUCGUGAUUAUAACAUAUGGUGGCAUUGUCAGGCCCCCUCAGAAACCUACAGGCACCGGCUUAAUGUAAACCGGCGGAAUUCCAGUGUUUAUGUAAGCCCCCAUAAAGAAGAAUAUUAUGUGUGGGAUCAUGUUUGUGUAGCCUUUCACAUGGAGCCGGAUUGGGUGUUGAAUGUGGAACCGAACAAGCUAUUUCAAAAAGUUAAUGUGUGUGAAGUGUCUCAGCCCUGUCUCCUAAAACCCCCAGAGACUCCACUGAGUUUUCAUGAGGCUAAGAAUAUUCUAGACAAUCUCAAACCCAGUAAGGGCUGGGGCUUUUAACUAGGAGGUCCAAUGUGGAUGGAGUUCAGAUGCAAAAGCCUUAACGGCACCUCUGUGAAAAAUGAGAUAAUAAUAGUAACCAAAUGCUCUACGCACAUAUACAUUCAUCAAAUACUUUUGCUUCAAAUCCGCCGCCUCAGGUCAUUUCGAAAUACUGGUUUGUUGGAAGAAUCCAUAAUGAGUCUGAUAAAAAAAUGCUCAUUAACAAGAAAACAUGUCAAGCCCGGAGUAUAAUCUUUUUUACAUGUACGCAAACGUAAUCGCUCGGUCAAAGCAGAGCCUUGCAAAGUAUAGUUUAUUUGACUCGUACGUGUCCUCGGAUGUUUGACGCAUGUACAAUGUACACAGGGUUUGAAAAAUCUGUUGGUGUGCGUAUACGCAGACCCCUUACUUAGAGGGUUUUGCAUCUGAGGUCUGCCAUUACAAACUAACACAUUUAUCCCCGAAGAACCCAAGAACCCUUUUCUUCUUCAGCAAUUAACACCAGUUAAAUUUAACCCCGUGAGUUCUACACGGUUAAAAAGUUAUAUUUUAUAGCAUUAAUGAGUUAAUCACUUGUUAUAUUAUGUAACUGUAACUAGUAAUUUAUUAUAGGAAGAUUUGGUCACAUUUUAGGCAUGUAUAUUUCCUGUACAACAAUGUUACUACCACAGGAUGAUGUAUAGUUGGGAAAAUUAAUGAUGUACUUAUGAUUAUUUCCCAAAACUAUAGUACAUCUGUCAGAGACGCAAUUAUUUGAACCACAUUGAAAAUGAAAAGAUACUGAAAAUCACAUUUGCAUUCAUUUUGGAAAGCUUUUUAUUGAGAAACAUUAUGUGUUGUUAUUCUGUUUAUUGUUUUUUUAAUUCAUUCUUUGUAUUGUCUUUCACUGUAUUGUAUAUAACGUAUUGUUUAUUCAUUAAAUUUUUCCAGUUUUUUCCUUUACUGCUUUACUACACUUUAAAUGUAUUGGCCCCUUAAUUUAUUAAGGGUGUUCUUGAAUGAAGAUUAUAUGCAUUUGGAUAAAAAAAGCAAUCUUUUGAGCUUCCCCCUUUCUAUAUAAACACACAGUCAUGGACUUUUUGUUUUUAGUGCACCUGUUGCAGUUGCACCUUGUUUCAUUUAAAUAAGAACUUGGAAUAUAGUGUUCAUUUUUGAUUUUGGGAUUUGACUCAGGUCCCUUUAACUGUCAUUUGAUGAAAAACAGGAUUAUAUAUUGACAGAAUGCUAAUUUGUCUUGAACUAUACUGUACUUCCAAACGUCUGCUAUAGGUUUUUGUAAUUACUCUGUUUUUUUUUUGGAUGUAAGCUAUGUGGAGGACACAUUUUACUUUAGCUGUCUGAUUUUUUAAUAUUGCAAUCUGAGAAUGUGUUGCAUUCUGUCUAUGCUGCAUAAAUAAAACACUUGUGAGGAAAUAGAUUUUUUUGUAGUUUGACAAUUGGUCCUCACAAGGUUAACCUGUACGUACACAGAGAGAGACAGAGACAUACAAAGGGUAAAAUGGCAAAACCACAAAACAUUCCUGAUUUUGUAUCUUUGCCUUUGAAGAAUGUAAGAAUUGGUCCUGUGUACGUGUAACCCUUUUCUAACCCUUUUUUUUUGCAUGGAACAUCUAACAACAUGUGCAACUAUUUGAGAGUUUGGUAUAAAUGUUGUGUGCUUUGAUUUAUUCUUUGUCCUCUCACUGCAGAACUCUCUCUGUAAAUGUCAGAUGACCUUGCAAGAAUAAAACUUGGAAAGACAUUUGGUAUUUAAAUCUUUAUUUCAUUCUCAGUUAUAACUAUUUCU